AUGAGUACAUUAGCAGCUGCGAGGGCAGAUAAUUUUUACUUUGGACCUAAUUAUGAUCCAAAUGGAGUAAUAGAUUAAUUCUAAAGAAGGGUAGUUUGAAAUAUUAGAGAAGAAUGAAACUCAAAGGAAAGCGAAAGCCUUCGAGACUGGAUUAAUAUAAAAUAAAAAGCGGUCCCAAAAUCAGGUUUGAAACUCCAUUCCAUGUUAAAUGCUUGAAAUGCGGGCAUAUGAUAGCGAAAGGUGUAAGAUUUAAUGCUGCAAAGAGAGAAGGUAUAAAUUGUAAUGAUUUGCUAGUGGGUAAAUUUCAUAGUACGACAAUAUUGUAAUUCUCGAUGCUGUGUCCCUCUUGCAAAAACACAAUAGUUUGCAAGACUGACCCUGAGAACUGCGAUUACAAUUAUACGGAAGGAGCUGUGAAAUGGGUAGAAGAUUGUUGAUUAUGAGUUUAGUUAAGCACCGAGAAGGCCACAGACAUGGAAUUCAUACCUGAUCCUGAGUAGAAGAUCAAGGAGCAAUCGAAUGCGAUGUAUAAAUUGGAGGCCGAGGUUGAGAAGGUCAAAAAAAAUAAUUUGGCUCCCGUUCUAGAGGACUUGCAAAAAUAUCGUUUGGUAUGUAGUUGAUAUAUGGAAGGAAAACUGGAAGGAUGAUUUUGGGAUGAAUUAGAUGUUGAGAAGGAAAUUAAAAGAAGAUAAGAAAAAAGAUGCUAUAAUAGAGGAAGAAAGGAAUAGGGUUAAAAACUUUGGGUUACCAAUGGAGGAUUUAACCAAGUCUGAACUUGUAAAUAUGAGCAUUUAAAUAAAUUAGAGAGAAAUUAAGGAGGUCAAAUUCCAUUAGUCAAAUAGCAGAAAGUAACAGAGGGAAAAACGAUAGGAAAUUAUGAAUCAAAGCAUACUGCCUAGUGGUAGGUUGGAUUCACAAUAGCAAAAGAAAUUGGAGCAGUUGAAUUAGAAAAUAAGUCAAUUGCCAGCUGCUACACGAAAGAUAUUCAAAUAGCAAAUUAUGUCUAAGAAAAACAAUUUUUAAUUUUGA